AUGGGGUCCGCUUUAAGUUCCCUUGGUGGUGUGGAACUUGAACAUCAGAACACGAAUGAUUUUGUUCAUUUUGGCUCUUUAGAUUCGAUGAGGGAAGUGAGAAAAACAGUAGUCACGAACAGGAAUGAUUUAGAUUUAUCGAAUUCGAUGCUGAAACUAAAUUUGGGUAAGGAAACGUUUGGUGUGAACGAGCAUGGCUCCAUUGGAGGAAGCGGGGGAUGGAGCGACAAGUCUGCUUCGUUGCGGGAUCAAAUGAAUGCUCAAAUGGCUGCUUUGUAUCAGCAGCCAAUGUCUCGUACGACUGACCGGUUGCUUUCUCCCCACCUACAGCAUCCGCCACAUUAUUCUGAGCUUGAACGUGCGGUUAUUCAAAAUAGCAGGUGUGGUGGUAUGACGGAUCAUAAUAGUCACGAUCAGCACUUGUCGAAAAAGGCCAUGCAGUCAGUAAUAAAUUCGGGCUCAUCUGUUUAUAAUUUAAGCAAUAAUUUGAGUCUCAAGGGUCAAGCUUCUUCUGUAUCUCCGAAUCGAAAAACACAUUCGAGGAGCUCAACCAUGUCGCGUACUCGUCGCUCGCCAGGAAAAUCACCUCAUCUACAUCGUGAUAAUUCUUCACCAAGUUUACUAUCAGGAGGUCCCCACAAUUCGGUCCACGUGUCACCUGAAGUGGCGAAGCCUAACGAUAAUAUCAAGGUGCAAGUGUCGUUGGGUGUGAAAGAAUGUUCCGCAGGUCGCGUUCUUCUUGUCGGACUUUUUCGUCUCGGACAGCCGACUAAUGACAAGCCUAUUUUUGUCAAACAGGUACUCUUUGAAAACAAAUUGCAUCACAAUCACCGCUGUCUGAACACUCGAAUCACAUUUCGCGCACCUCGAUCUCCUGGAGAAUUUGAGUUUCGAGUAUUUGAAGAUAAAAGCGGUCACACCAGUCAUCAUGUGAAUGGGAAGCGUUCGAGUGACGAGCAACACAGUAAAGUCGCUUACUCGAAUGCCACAAUUUCUCGCAGUAACCGAUUGAAAGUGUGUCUCGAAUACAGUCAUUUUAUCGACACAUUACGAGCUACCCACGACAAAUUUCAGCAAGGUGUGGCCAAUGGCGAUGCCGGUUUUGUGCUAAGCGCGCUUCUUGCACUGAUGCGAUUAGUGGAUCAAGUAGAAACCGUCUUUUUGCACGGUCAUGCUCUGCUUGGUGAUAUGAUGGAUGCAUGUCUUCGCUUGCUUGAACGUCCAGCCGAUAACGUUGCGCAGUGGUUUGCAGCUACGGAAACGAUUCCGCUGCCAAUUGAGACGUUCCAUGGCACGAUGUGCAAUGUAUUGAAUGCUGUUGAGGCCAAUAGAUAUGUGAGGGAAUUGAUAGCGGACGACCAGUUAGCGGAGAUUGCGCAUGCACAACGAAAGCGAUUUUGUCAGGUGAGUGGACUUUAUUUUGCAAAUAAAGAUGAACGUUGUGCAUUUUGGCUUGAACACUUUGGCUUUGCAUCAAUUGAUUUUGGUCCGUCAGGCUCAAAGAGCGAUGCUGAGUGUAAGGUGCUACAAACGUCUCCAUUUGUCACGCGUGCAUUAACUCAGUGGGUAGAACAAGAAGCGUCAACGCUUAUACCAGAUCGUACAGCGUUCCGUGCAUCGCGACAGUCAAUUUACAAUCAAGUGCAUUCAAAUGUUAUUGCCAAACUUUCAUUUACUUGCGAAUUGGAUGUAUUUGGAUCUUCAGCAAAUGAAUUUGGCAAUGAAUACAGUGACAUGGAUAUGUGCUUAGUACUUCCAGAUGAUAAUUGUCCAACACUCGAGGAAAAACAGCGCAUGCUUUUGGAAGUUGUCGACCAUUUGGAAGCUCGUCCGGAUCUCUUUGCUUCUGUGGACACGACGCGUCUCACUGCACGUAUUCCAAUCGUCAUGUUUGUCUCGCGUGCUUCUGGUAUCGAGUGCGAUUUGUGCAUGGAAAAUCGACUGGCUCAGCGUAAUACGUCGCUGCUUCGUGCAUAUGCUAGUGCAGAUCCACGGGUGCGCUCGCUGGCGUAUGUGCUUAAGCAUUUCGUCAAGCAGCGACGUAUGAAUUGUGCCGCUGAGGGCACGCUCUCUUCCUACGGAUACUUACUCAUGCUGAUUCAUUUUCUUCAGCGUCAAAAUCCACCUGUUCUGCCUGUUUUACAAAUGCUGCCUCCGAACUGGCCUGAUGAAUCUUGUGACAACUUACCGAGUGUUAUUUGUCGAGGACCGAGCGACGAACUGGAAGGAUUAGCAGAUGGCAUUGAGACGUACUUCUACGACCCUUAUGCUUUUCCUGAACCAAAGGACAAGUUGGCUCUAUUGCGCGGAUACUGUUCGCGCAAUAGGCAGACAGUAGGCGAGUUGAUGCUUAGUUUUUUUCGCUACUAUGGCUUGCAGUUCGAUGCAACGCGUGAUAUUGUCAGUGUCCGUUGUCCAGAUGCUCGCACAAUGACUAAAGAGGAGAAGCGGCAGACUUGUCAAUGGCGUUUUACGACGCGGCUUAGCAUUGAAGAUCCUUUUGAAGUGAGCUACGAUGUGGCCCACGUACUUAAGGGCUCACGAGACAAGUAUAUUCGUCAGCAGUUUGUCCGUGCCUACGUUUUGCUCAUGAAUGGCGCUAUUCAAUCACAUAGCAAAAGUGACAGCAGCCAAAUGGACGACGAGGCGAUAGAGCGCAUCAUGUCGAUUGUCAACGAGCAAGUGGUAGAAGUGCCUUUUUUGCAAGUUCCGCCGCCUUCAAACUCAGUUUCGCCUGUUUAA